GUUUAAUACACUUAAAUCAAAUCAAAUCAAAUCAAAUAAACUCAUAUAAAUAUACUACAUAAGAUGUCCGCUCAAACCGUUUUCGUUUCUGGUGCCAAUGGGUACAUUGCUCAACAUACCGUUGUCCAAUUAUUAAAGAAAGGUUAUAAUGUUGUUGGUCAAGUUAGACUGGCUGCCAAAGGUGAUGCUUUAGCUAAGGAUUUAAAGAACUCUCAUUUUUCAUAUGAAGUUGUUGAAGUCCUUGAACAAGAAGGUGCCUUUGAUGAAGCUUUAACCAAACAUCCUGAAGUUACUGUAUUCUUACAUACUGCUUCUCCAGCUACAUUUUCAGCUGAAGAUAAUGAAAGAGAUGUAAUAAUUCCUGCUGUUAAUGGUACUAAGAAUGUUCUCAAAUCUAUUAAGAAAGUUGCUCCUCAAAUCAAGAAAGUUGUUGUUACUAGUUCUGCUGUUGCUGCUGGUAGCUUGGCCCAAUUGGAAGAUCCUAAAUUUGUCGGAGGUGAAGAUACUUGGAAUCCAAUAACUUACGAAGAAGCUGUUAAGGGAGAUCCAGUUGCUGCUUACCAAGGUUCUAAGAAGUUUGCUGAAUUAGCUGCUUGGGACUUUGUUAAAGCUGAGAAGCCAAACUUUAAAUUGACUACUGUCUUACCUGUUUAUGUUUUUGGACCUCAAGCAUUUAGAUCUGGAUUGAAGAGUUUAAAUCUCACUGCUCAAGUUAUUAUAGAUGUCUUUAAGUUGAAGAAGAAUGAUUCUAUUCCAGCCUUAGAGAGUUUAUUCGCCGACGUUCGUGAUGUUGCUUAUUCUCAUAUUGCUGCAUUUGAAAACGAAUCUGCCGAAGGAAAAAGAUUGCUUGUUGUUUCCGGUAGAUUCAAUUAUCAAAAUGUUGUUGAUAUUGUUAGAAAGAAUUUUGUAUAUAUUCCUGGUCAAUUACCAGUAGGUACUCCAGCCUCAAAAGACAUAUUUGAUCAUUAUAAAAAAUUAAAUGAUUCUAAUGCUAGAGAAGUUGUUGGUAUUGAGUAUAUUCCCUUUGAGAAGACAAUCAUCGAUCAAAUAAAGCAGUACUUAGUUGAGAUAUACCGAUUAUUAUAA